UAUCGGAUCGUUAGGGAUUUAGUUCCUUAACAACUGGUGCUUUCAUCCAGUACUCAUGAAGCGAUACAACAACAACGGUAAGGCCGUGUGGGGCUCAAGCCGUCAAGAAUCUUAUCCGCCGACCAGGUUCGGUGGACGUGUUCCGCCUGUGGGGGGACGCCGCGAUCAAGGGGGAUUUCAGCGGUCGGGGAUAGAGGCGAGUGAUUUCGAUGCAAGAUUUGGGGAGGAUUGCACCCCAGAGGAUCCGGUUAGCCUCAAACUGGAUCGUCUCCUCGAACGCUUUGACAAAUUGGACGUUUGGCGUGAUGAAACAGACCGACGAUUCGAUAAUCUCGAACCGAACUGUUCUCGCGAGGCUGAGCCACCGUUGGGUAUGGGGGAUGGUGACGAGUGGGAGGCCGAGAGUAAUCGGGGGCGGUAUUCGGGGGAUAGAGUAACGCGCCCUCAGAACUUCCCUCCUGGAGGUCGCGACAGCGGGAUGGAAGACAGGGGCCGUCGGGAGACCAGGUAUCGCGCCGGUUUCGGGGGGGACCGAUCCGGCGUGUUCGCGCAACCGGGGGAUCGACCGCCCUCGUGCUGGGACCCACCCCAACGGUUUCAGGCGGCGGGGUUCGAUAAGCCCGAGCGUGUUAAAAUGCAUCCUCCGCGCUUUGACGGGACAGACGCAGCGACAUGGAUCUCAAAGGUCCAAUAUUAUUUUAACCAUUUGAUGAUGCCCGAGGCCCAGCACUUGCAUUAUGCGGUCAUGUUGUUCGACCAACCUGCGGCGGAAUGGGUUUUCAACUAUUGCUCGAAUAAUGAAUUCGUGACGUGGCGUGAAUUCUUGGAGGAUGUACGUCACCGUUUCGAUCGACAGAGCUUCAAGAACUUCUAUGGGCUGAUAGCAAAAUUGACACAGACAGGAACGGUGUUGGAAUAUCACGACACGUUUGAGCGAUAUCUGAAUCGUGUUAAGGGGGUUCCAGAAUCAGAUCUGUUCACCCUAUUUGUCGCUGGCCUUAAACCCGAUUUGCGGGAGAGGCUAGAAUUGCAUCGACCCCAAUCCCUGGCUGCCGCCAUGGCUCUAGCACUGGAGCUGUCGGAUACCAUGGCGGAACGCAUACCCCAGCCGUCGACUGGAGCGCGACGAUCCUGGCCGAACCGGGACGCGAGGGGGCCGACGGUCUCUGCCCCGCUGCCGCAACCUUCCCCGACACCAGGCGCGCCAGCCCAUCCCCAGGGCGGCUCGGGAAGACCGGCAGUUCAGCUGCGGUCCCCGAUGGUCCGUGUGUCACAGGCGGAAAAAGCGGAUCGGGCACGGUUGGGCCUUUGUUAUUACUGCCCCGAUAAAUGGGUAAUGGGCCAUGUGUGCAAGCAGCGUUUGCUGUGCUACGCAGAGGAGGACGGAGACGUGGGCUCGGACAGUGAACUACUGCCGGAGGAAAGUGUGGUAACAGAUGUCACCCAUAUCCAGGCCAUGCAUGGGGGCCAGCGAUCCCGGCCCCUCAAGGUGACGGGUUUGAUUGCGGACCGAGAAGUUGGCAUCUUGAUUGACACGGGCAGCGACAGGGACUUCCUACAUCCCAGAAUUGCGGAGGGGCUUCACCUACCCUUGUCGCCAAUUCGGCCUUUUCGAGUGGUUGUUGGGAAUGGCGAGGCACUGCUAUGUACUCAUGUUUCCCGGCAUACACGGGUGGAGGUUCAGGGGACAGUCUUCAUGGUAGACUUGCAUAUUCUCCCCAUCCACGGUCCGGACGUAAUUUUGGGGAUGGAUUGGUUGGAAUCCUUGGGGAAGGUAACGGCCGAUUUCGGGGGGAAGACACUCGAGUUCGUUCAAGGGGGCAAGAGCAUUGUCUUGAAGGGGAUUCUGCCCCAACCCAGACGCGUAAGCUUACAUUCAUUACGUGCCUCGUCGUCCUCUCACGCGGCCUGCGAAUUUUAUGAAGUGUUACUUCUGGACUCAGAGGUUUCUGCCCUGGCAGCCAGCACGGAGGAGGGGUUUCCGCCAAACCUGCAUCCGGGGGUAGCAGCCGUGUUGGAGCGGUUCCGGCAGGUGUUCGGUGUGCCGGAGGGCCUUCCACCGGUACGACAAUUCGACCAUCGCGUACACCUAUUGCCAGGGGCGAAGCCCGUGAAUGUGAGACCUUAUCGCUACCCGUACUUUCAAAAAAACGAAAUAGAGCGGCAGGUGAAGGAGAUGUUGGGGCAGGGUAUUAUUCAAAGGAGCAACAGCCCCUUCUCAUCGCCGGUCCUACUAAUCCGCAAGAAGGAUGGGACAUUCCGUUUCUGUAUUAAUUAUCGAGCACUAAACAACACCACGGUGCCCGACCAUUUCCCGAUUCCGACGGCCGACGAGCUCUUCGAUGAGUUGGGCAGGGCGAGGGUGUUCACUAAAUUAGAUUUGCGCUUAGGCUACCAUCAAAUCCGGAUGAACGAUGAGGACGUUUUCAAGACGGCCUUUCGCACUCACGACGGCCACUUUGAAUUUCUGGUCAUGCCGUUUGGAUUGACGAAUGCCCCAUCAACAUUUCAGGCGGCAAUGAAUGCAAUUUUCCAACCAAUGCUGCGGAAAUUUGUGAUAGUUUUCUUCGACGACAUUUUGGUGUACAGCCCGUCGACGGAGGCCCAUGAAGAACACUUAGCGGCGGUCCUGUCAGUGCUGCACAAUAACAGUUUCUUCGUUAAACUAUCGAAAUGCUCCUUCUGUAGCACGACGGUGGAUUACUUGGGCCACUUGAUCAGUGACGGCUUACUGAAGGCCGACCCGACCAAAAUUGAAGCGAUGACGGCUUGGCCUCAACCGAAGACCGUCAAGCAGCUCCGGGGAUUUUUGGGCUUAACAGGGUACUAUCGUCGGUUUAUCGCGGGAUACGCUAUGAUUGUUGCCCCAUUGACGGAGUUGCUUAAAAAGGAUGGUUUCGAGUGGACACCCGAGGCCGGGACAAGUUUUCUAGACCUAAAGACAGCAAUGACGUCAGCCCCGGUCUGGGCAUAGGAGCGGUGCUUCUGCAGAAUAAUCACCCCAUUGCGUAUUUUAGCAAGAAGCUGGGACCCCGUCGACGUGCGGCGUCAACAUAUCACAAGGAGCUAUACGCAAUAGUGGAGGCAGUCCAAAAGUGGCGACAAUACCUACUGGGUCGGGUAUUCAUCAUUAGGAGUGAUCAAAAGAGUUUAAAAGAGUUACUCUAACAGGUUGUACAGACCCCGGAUCAACAACUAUA